AUGGCUGAUCCAACGCCGCCGCCACCGCCGAUGCUGGCGCUCCACCUGCAACCACCAACCAGAAGUGCUCCUCGCCAGGAUCCGGCGAAAGCCCUCGCCUUGCCCCUGCUGUGCCUCCAACCAAACCGCAAGCCCCCGCGCCGCCUGCGAGAAGAACGCCGUGCCAGACCACGCCCGCGCCUAGCACGCGCUCCGCCACGCCGCUCGCGCCAAGACCGGACACCCCAGCCUCCGCGCCGCCCUCCAGACGCAGCUCCCCCGCGCGGAGGAGGUGCGUCGGGGCGCGCCACCCCAGCCCGCGCGCGCGUCGCGACCGACCAGCACGCCGCGCUGCCCUGCUCCAUCUCCUGCCUGCGCGCCCCCACUGGCCACGACGCGCCGGCCUACGAUCCCCGCCGCCAGAUCGAAGAAGAAGCCCCCCGCGGCCCCUACUCCAGGCGAGCGCGAGCAGAUCCCACCGCCACCGGCACCGCGCGGGCUUUGCCCGACGACGGCGGCGGGGAGGGGACGGAGAGGGGGGAUCGAGAGGGCGGCGCUAGGGUUGCGCACCCGGGUCGCCCACGGGGGAGCGACACGGGGCCGAGCAAGAAUUUCCUGGAUAGUCGUAGGGGAGGGGACACUGGAGAACGUGUACUCUUUAGUCUUGGUUAA